AUGGAUGAAAUUGCAAACCCAUUAGAACUACGCAAGGUUUUCAACGACGGUCACGCAAGAAGCUCGACCAGAUGCUUUAGGUGUAAGAACAAGAGAUUAAAGUGCCGAUAUGAGUUUCCAGCUUGCAACAACUGCGAAAAAGAGGGUCACGAGUGUUUUGCCUGGAUUAAAGGACUGUCCAAACCGGUUCCACGAAGUUUGGCCCUGUAUCUUGAAAAUAGGGUUGCCGAGCUGGAAAUCAAACUUGCCGAGUUAUCUGUGAAUCCAAUUCUGGACAAGUCCGAAGAACAGGCUUUGACAUUUGCCAGUUUACCUGCACCCUUCGAUUCGAUGUUGGAUAACUCGGAGAGGGGGAACAUGAAACGAUUUGUUGAGGAGCAUCCACCGGUUGAUCUUUACAGUAUUCCCAGGGAUGUUGUACAAAUAUUGAUGCAGAAUUAUACCAGUUAUCAUCAGCCUCAGUACCCCAUUUUAUCAAGAUUGGAACUCAAACAAAUACAGUUCAAGGUUUUUGAAUCCCGAGUUACGGCCAGUUCGUAUGAUUAUGCAGCUAUUUCAAUUGCUCUAGCAAUCUCAGCAGCUACUUUGACGCACAAAGGGGAAAGAAAAAGCUUAUCGUCUUCUAGCGUUCUCUUUUCCCAAGCCAUCGUGCAACUCGCCCACACAAAUUGGGAAAGCAAACUGAAAAAGCUUCAAAUAACCCUAUUGAUCGCCCAUUAUGCUUUUGCAAACCCAUAUGCAGCUGACAUUUGGUACACCAUUCGAGAAUGCCUCAGACUCUGUCUUGAUCUUGGACUGCACAAGGAUGUGCAAAUAGAAACAAGUACUAUGAUAGACAUAGAUCUCCGACGCAGGCUUUUUCUGGUCACCACCUCCAUGUCUCGACAUUUGAGCUCAGUUCUGCGUAUUGCAUUUCCAAUACCUGACAAUCUUAUCUCAGUAGAGAAACCAGCUACAGUGGAUGAUUCUUUCAUCACAGAAAAGGAAAUCGAUCUCUCUGGUCCGCAAACAAAAGCUGCCGCUCUUCAUUUUUACCAGUUCAGACUUUACGAGACAGAAGUGCACGAGGUACUUUGGCUCAAUAAGGAACUAAAUAUUGAUGCGGAAGAGUGGCUGGACGAUAUGGACAGCAAAGUCGAAAAAUGGUACUUGAAAGCAGAAGAAUUUGCCAAACUCAAUCAGCUAAGGUUCAGACUUAUUUGCAAGGCAUCCCUUCAAACUCGUCUACGCCGACGCACUCCUAGAAUCACAAACCCACCUCGUCCGUCAUAUGUGAAACUAGUCAACUCGCUAGCUCUGUUGAUUGACGAAUACCUGAGAGACUCCAGGAGCGGCCAGGUUUUCUAUCUUUUAAUGGGAGUCUACUAUAUUGAGGAAGCAGCUGUGAAUCUAGCAGAUGUUAUAUGGACGCAAAGUGACUGGAUACUUGAUUUUUUUACGUUUGAAUUUCUAGAUUCCAAGUUCAAAGGAUGCAUUGAUUUGCUUCUUCGAUUCAGUGAGCGCUGGCCCGAUAUAACUCGUGGAAAGAUGAUUCAGACAUUAAAAGACAUAUAUUUCAAGGCUUCAAAGCGAUUAUUUGCAAUUGCAAAAAAUAGGUCAAGUUAUGAAACUUUUGAAGAGGACGAUCAAGUGUCAGCCCAAAUUGAGCAGCUACUGUUUCCCCAGAAUGAUGUCUAUGCCAGCUCUGCUCUCGAUCAACAACCAAUCAAGCUGGACUGACAGUUUCAAAGUUGAUGGCUUAUUAAACCUGGAGGAAUAUGUAGGCUUACAGGAUUGGGUAUAGUGGCUGUUGCAGC